AUGAACACGGAAUCUGAAUUGCAAGCCAAACAUAAUGCUGCCGUCGAGUGUUUUAAAGACGCCGAAUGGGCCGAGGAAACUGCUCUGAAGAAAAGGAAUGAGAAACAGGCCUUAGCACAAGAAACACAGAAGGGCACCAAAGAGUAUUAUCUCGCUUGGGCGGAGGUGUGGAAUGCAGAAGUAGUUCUUCUUGAAAAGAAAGAACAAAGAUGUGGUGCUGCGUUUACAAGAAAUUCGUGGUAUGCAGACUGCAUGAAAUACAGGUACGGAACUGACUCCAAGGAAGCGCAAAUAGCCCAGCAUCGCGCAGAGUUGUCUCGCACAAUGGAGUUUGUUUACACCAAUUGCUCUCCAUAUUGGACAAAAUGGGACAAGUUGUAUGACAAAGCCGAGUGUGUCUGGGAUCAGCUCGUUGCAGAAGGUUAUGACAACGUUACGGGUAAGCUGGAA